AUGUUCUCACCGCUGGACUGGAAUGCGAAGCAGGCUGUGGGGGCCUUGCUGCUGGGCGCUCUCGUCGUCUGGAUCGUGUACAAUGUGCAGCAGGCCGUGUACAACGUCUUCUUCCAUCCCCUCGCCAGGUUCCCGGGUCCCAGAGCUGCGGCCGCGACGAAGCUCUGGAAAGCGUACAUUGAGUGCAUCAAGCAGGAAUCUUUCUGCCACAAGCUGGAGAAGGUCCACGCGCAGUAUGGUGACGUUGUACGCGUAGGGCCCGACGAGCUCCACUUCGCCAAUCCCCAGGCCUACCACGACAUCUACAACAGCAAGAACAAAUGGGACAAAGAAUGGUUCCUGUACCACAGCUUCAACGAAGACCGCUCCUCCUUCGGCUUCGUGACCUACGCCGAAGCCAAAGAGCGCAAAGACGUCCUCUCGCGGACCUUCUCCCCCAAAGCAAUCGAGCAGUCCCAGGGCCUCGUCAUCGAGAAGGUCGACGCCCUCUGCGCGGCCUUUGAGCGGCAGGCCAAAGCCAACAAGCCCAGCGACCUCUUCUACGCCUUCCGCUGCAUGUCCAUGGACGUCAUCACGUACCUCUGCUUCGGGGCCUCCGUCGACGCGAUCGAGGCGCCAGACUUCGAGGCGCCGAUUAUCGAGGCCAUGGACGCGUCGAUGCCCGUCUUCGUCCGCUUCAAGCACGCGGAGUGGUACAAGAACAUGAUCAUGAACUGCCCGCCCAACAUCUCGCGUAUUGUUUCUCCGCAGACCGCCGGCCUCGUCGAUCUACAGCAGAUCCUGAAGAAGCAGAUCGGCAACUUGACGGAGAACCCGGAGAACUUGGCGCACUUGCCGCAUCAGAUGACCAUCUAUCAUCGUCUCCUGGAUAAGGAGGCGUAUCGCAGUAACACGGUCCCUUCGCCUGGCAGCUUGUACGAGGAGGCGCAGGCGCUGAUGUUUGGCGGGGGCGAUACGACGGGGAAUACGCUCAUGCUGGGGACGUUCCACCUCCUGAAGCAGCCGGAGACGAUGGCGAAGCUGAAGGCUGAGUUGAAAGAAGCGUGGCCGAAGCUAAGUGACGCGCCGCCGGAGCUGCGUGAGCUCGAGAGACUGCCGUAUCUCAACGCAGUUGCGAAAGAGGCGCUGAGAAUGUCGAGCGGUGUCAUCUCGGGCCUGCUGCGUGUGGUUCCGGCCGGCGGCGCGAAGAUCUGCGAGACGUUCGUUCCGGAGGGUACCAUCGUAUCAAUCGGCAGCACCUUCGUCCACUUCAACCCAGAAAUCUUCCCCAACCCGCAUGAGUGGCGUCCGGAGCGCUGGCUCGAGAAUCCGGACUUGGAUGACUGGCUCGUCACCUUCUCGCGGGGUCCGCGCAUGUGCUUGGGCAUUAAUCUCGCGUGGGCAGAACUCCGCCUGUGUUUCGCGUAUGUGUUCCGCAAAUUCGACAUGAAGCUCGAGGAGCCAGCUCCAAAAGAGUUGCCAUUCCGGGAGACGUUCUUGCCUUACUACUACGGGCAGCAUGCCAAGGCUUUCAUGACGCCGGUGGCUGCUUGA